GGUCAGUCUCAUGCCUGCCCCCUUUUCUUGCAGAGACAACCCAACAUGGAGAACUGCACUGAAGACGACGACAUGCGGAAUAGCAUUGCGCUGUUCCAACUUAUAGUCUACAUCCCAGUGCUCUCUUUGGGGAUCCCACCGAACAUGAUUGCCUUCUGGCUCUUCUGCUGCAAACUCAAGAGAUGGACUGAGACCAGGGUGUACGUGAUCAACCUCAUAGUCGCAGACAGUUGCAUGCUCUUUGCCCUGCCUUUCUUGAUUUUUCUUCGACGGCACAUACUGCUUGGUCCUCAUUCUGCCUUUUUAAAGAGAGCGAAAGAAACCAGACACAAAUUGGGCCUGAACUUAAAAAUCAUCCAUUGCUUAAGGCGGUUCGUGAGUGUUGUCACCCUCGUAGCUGUCAGCAAACACACGGCUAUUAACCACCCUUGGAAAGCAAAAGGCUUAGGGUCCCUCUUAGCCCGUUCUCCUUUAUGGUGUGCUGUCAAUGCUCAUGAUAGGCAGCACUUACGUGUCCAGGCAAGAGGUGGUCAGCAAGGAAGGCAUCUUCUGCUUUCACAAACAGCACAGAGGGCCUUCAAAAACGCUCCUUCCUGUAGGAUCCCCUUCUGGGCUUCUGCAUCUCAUUGGUUACAAUGAAUGCCUGUCCCAAACAGAUGACCAGGAAAAUGUUCAUUCCUCUGAAGAGAGAUGAAGGUUGAGCCAUAUCAACCUGGUCUCCUACUGUUAACCCAGAAAGCAAACGACUUACUUGUUCUGCAACCCCUGUCACGUUCCUGGUUUCUGCCUGUUGACGUGGGGCACCUUGUCCUAUUUCCAGUGAGCUCCAAUGAAGCUGUCUGCUCUGAAAUACAAAACAGUAACACUUUUGUGCCUAUGGCCUCAUGGAUAGGCCUCGUAGGAUAGCAAAUAAAAACUGCUGUUGAGAUACCAUUUGCUACUGGUUUAUAACCAAAGAACUUCAGCACAAUUUCUUCUUCCCAAGUGCAGAGUUUUCAAAUCCAGGAAGGAUCACAGACAAGGCACUCUAUCAAAUAAACUAAACAGCUUCCAUGGUGUCAGCCCAUCCAGCAGCUGAGCACUGCAUAGCUUACUCCUAGUUGGUUUCCAAAACCAGUACGACAGCUGAGCUAAAGCAUUUAUAGUUGGCAUUUCUACACAUAGCCAAGCUUGCUGCAUAUAGAGCUGUAUGAAGUGAGUGUUUUUCACUUGUAGGAAGCAAACUGAG